AUGCCACCGCAAGUACCGUUGACCUCCCUAAUCACUGAAGUUGAAGAUAAAAGUGAGCAAGUAGAAGAGAAAAAAAUUGCGUACAAACGUCAAAUUAUUUGGAGAAGCGUUGUCAGGAUAUCAAUACUACAUAUCUUAGCUUUUAAAGGAGCAUGUCUCGUUCCUUAUGCUCAGACAUGGACAUUGCUUUGGGCGCUGUCGCUAUAUAUACUCGGAGCGCUUGGUGUAACUGCUGGAGCUCACCGCCUGUGGACCCAUAGGACUUAUAGGGCGACGAUUCCAUUACGUAUUUUUCUCAUGAUUUGUAAUUCUGUAGGCCUUCAAGAUAGCAUUUUACAUUGGAGCAGAGAUCACAGAGUUCAUCAUAAAUAUUCUGAGACAGAUGCUGACCCUCAUAACUCUAAGCGAGGAUUCUUUUUCAGUCAUAUUGGUUGGUUGAUGGUAAGGAAGCAUCCGGAGGUUUUGGCGAAAGGAAAAAAUAUCAAUUUACAAGAUUUGUAUAAUGAUAGAAUUGUCAUGUUUCAGCACAGGUACUAUCGUUUGACUCUCUUUCUCUUUUGGUUAUUGAUACCAAUGAUGGUGCCGGUGCUACUAUGGAAUGAAAGUUAUAGCAAUUCCUUUUUUGUAGCUGUUGUUUUUCGCUAUACGGCUCUUCUCCAUGCUACAUGGUCCGUUAAUAGCUUUGCCCACCUUUGGGGAAUGCGACCUUACGAUCGUUAUAUCCAGCCUGUCGAAAAUUGGGCUGUUUCUUUUGCAGCAAUUGGUGAAGGUUUUCAUAACUACCAUCAUACAUUUCCGCAUGACUAUUCUGCUAGCGAAUUUCGAUUUUUAAACUUUACAACAUUAUUUAUUGAUGCAUGUGCUUGGCUUGGUCUAGCUAGUAAUAGGCGUAAAGUAUCCGCAGAAGCGAUUAAGAGAAGGAUUAAUAGGACCGGAAAAUCUAGUAUACAGUUUGAUUAUUAA